AAGCAUGAACGCAACGGUGGAGGGUGUCCGCAGGUGUUUCCCGGCACUCUCGGAUAGCCAAAGUGCCGUGCAGAGUCUAUCCUAUGCUACGUUAUAGGUAUAGGUAUCACCGUGCACGAGAUGAGAGAAGAGUAGAGUAGAGUAGAGAGUAGAGUCGAGAGUUGAGUAGAGGGGACCAUCAGCCACUGCCACCGGGUGCCAGAAGAGAAGGGAGAUACAACAAGGCGAUGCUCGAUUUUGCGCACUCGAGGCAGGCUGCUGUUUCAGUAUUUUAUCACAACCCUGAUGCCGAGCCAGACAAUUCUACUGAGACUCCUCCGGUGGAUGCUGUGCCGGAGACACUAGCAUUAUACCAUCGAGAACAGACGCAGGAUUUCGAGAGUGCGCGCGAACAUAAGCCAAGAUCUGAUUUGUGAUAAAAAGACUACGGCUGGCAAGACGUUACCACCAAGUCGUCAACUCCCCCGCGCGUCUCCUUAAGCCCUUCGGCUAAAGUUGUUGUAUUUUUUUUAUUUUAUUAUUUUUUGAGUAAUAUCCUGGCGGGCAGGAUACGGAUGUUGGAUGUUGGAAUUCAAUGGGUCUCAAGUCGUUUUCUACCUCCGGAAAGGAUGAGACAACAUUCCAGUACAUCAUUUAUAAAUGCGUAAAAUGCUAUGACAUCAGAAGCCGGUGGAUGGGCCUGCAAUGAGUUUGCUAUGGCCAUCAUCGCACGGCUUAGCAGCAUCAGCAUCAGCAGUUGCAGUCGCAGAAGCAGAAGUAGAAGCAGUAGUAGUUAGGGCAAACAACUGGAUUCAAAUAACUGAAGCAGAGUCGGCAUAUCAUGAGGAAUACUACAGUACGAGUCAAUCUGUUUGUGAGAAUAGCUGUCGUCGCUGUUGUACUUUCGUCUAUAGUUCCCCGCUGCUAUUCAGCAGCGGCAGCAGCGACGGCAGUUGCAGCAGCAGCAGAGCACCAGAUUAAGAAUGCUUCCGCCCAAUGUGUACUCCCGCUGGGAAUGGAAGAGGGUAAAAUACCCGACGACGCGAUAUCCGCCUCAUCUAGUUAUGAAACCAAGUCUGUCGGUCCACAGAAUGCGAGAAUACGACAGGAGAAGAAUGGGGGCGCGUGGUGUCCCAAGGCGCAGAUUAGCAAUGACAUACGUGAAUACUUGGAGAUAGAUUUGACGACGGAUCACUUGAUAACGUGGACAGAGACUCAGGGCCGGUUUGGCAACGGUCAGGGGCAGGAGUAUGCGGAGGCAUUUUUUUUGGAGUACUGGAGAGACUCCAAGUGGCAUCAGUACAAGACACUUAAAGGUGAUAGAAUACUGAGAGGCAAUAGCAAUACGUACCUGGUGGAGAGGCAAAAACUUGAGUUGCCUUUCGUGGCGAGUAGGGUAAGAUUUGUACCUUACAGCCAGCAUCCGCGGACCGUGUGUAUGAGAGUUGAAAUAUACGGUUGUAUAUGGGAACAACGAAUAGUUAAGUACAAGAUACCUCGGGGUGUAGCUUUUGGUCCCGGGGGUUCCAAUGUUGAAGAUACGUCUUACGAUGGGCGUACAGAUGUAGAUCGUAAAUAUUUAAUAGGUGGUCUUGGUCAAUUAGUUGAUGGUAUGCUGGGCGAAGAUCCCAGGGUUUCAUCUAGCUUAGCUCAUUGGGUCGGAUGGACUGAUAUUAAUCCCGUGCCGGUUGUGUUUGAAUUCACAGACACUAGAGAGUUCAAUGUAUGUAUUAUUUAUUCAGCAAAUGCGCCAGUACGUGGAAUAGAAGUAUUUAAAAAUAUAAAAGUAUGGUUUUCAAAAGACGGUAUUGAUUAUGACUCAUCGCCAAUUGAAAUGCCCGUUGAAGAAAAGUCACCCUACUCGCCGGGAAUAAUUCCCAUCUUGGUAUCAUUAAAAUCACGAGUCGGUAGGUUCGUAAAACUGGAACUCGAGCCACGCUCCAAGUGGCUUCUUAUCAGUGAGAUUUCCUUCGAGAGCCUUACAGGAUCUAGGUCCGGUAAUUCAAGCGACGAGAGGCUAUUGGACAUCGCGUCGAGUGCUGUUCAAAACGAUUCCAUGACAACCGAGGACCUCGGGUUUUUAAACGGCGAGGAAUUCAACGUGACGGACUCCGAGGUCAACGGGAACCAGACGCCAGAUGCAUCUCCAGUGGGCCCACGGUGGUCGCAGACCUACAUCGGGCUGGUGAGCGGUGCGUUGACGGUCCUGGCGCUGCUCCUCACCUGCACAGUCGUCCUGAUGAAACUUCGCGGUCGAAACAAGGUAGCACUUCUACAAAAACACACGGCACUGCUUUGUGGCUCAACAGCUCCAGGUAUAACGAUAAAUGUCAAGGAUUUGAAGCUGCCCACGCCGAUCGUCGUUAAUGGGACCCAGUCCAGACUGACCGGCAGCUUGAAGAGGUCCUCGUCCAAGCUGAGGUCCGGGUCCAUGUCCAGCUACGAUGCGGCCACACUCAUGAGGGAGCACAUUCAGCAGAGCCAUUCCUGUGACAUGAGCAGCGAGUAUGAGCAUCGCAGUGUCUACGCCGAGAGCACAUACAAACUUCUCUUCCCUGAGGAAAGAUUCAGCGGAUGUAAAACCGACUAUGCGGACGUCGCUGAGUUUGCCACCGAGUCUACUAAUGCUGCCGCUGUUUCUACCUCUUCCUCAGCCCCGACUGGCUGUGGUAGUACCAGUGGUACUUCUACAACAGUAGCGUUGCCCGAGGCGGAGGCAAAUGAAAGGCCGCAACCGCAGACUCCCUAUGCCCACAGGUCAUCCAAGCAUCAUGGUUAUUCAUCUAAGGGCCAUAAAGUCUACGAAGGAUACUACGCUGCUACAGACAUUCUCACGAUAAAACGACGAGAACAGCACACCGGAUCUAGUCUGUUUACCUCAUUAUUGAUCGAGGAUUAUCAUAAUCACCAUCAACAUCAUCAUCAGCAUUAUCAUCAUCAGCACAAUGCCCUCGAUAAUUACGAUAUCCAGCACAUAUCGAGACACCGAUUACGGAUCUUGGACAAAAUAGGAGAGGGCAGUUUUGGUUUUGUUCAUCUGUGCGAGGCCAAAGGAAUCCACAGUCCGGAUUUGGGCACCAUAAGAAAUCGACAAUUGGUUAUUGUACGGUCUCUUUGGCGUGGAGUUACCGACUCGCUCAAGAAAGAUUUUAUGAGAGAUAUGUAUGUUUUGGCUAAAAUCCGUGACCCAAAUAUCACGAGAAUAGUUGCAUUAGUUGAGGAGGAGCCUUUUGGUGCGGUCUUCGAGUAUGGCGAGCUUGGAGAUCUGCCAGAUUUCAUUCGCAAUCGUGAAAAAUCAGACAACGAAGCGCCAUUAAGUUAUAAUCGAUUACUUAAAUUUAUUACACAUAUUGCAUCGGGUAUGAGAUACUUGGAGAGCCUUAAUAUAGCUCAUUGUGACCUAGCCGCAAGGAAUUGUGUGGUGGGUAAGAAUUUAUCGAUCAAGGUAUCAGACCACGCAAUGUAUUGCAGCAAAUACGAUAGUGAGUAUUACGUUAACGAGUGCUACACCAAGAUACCACUUCGUUGGAUGGCAUGGGAGGCUGUAUUACUGGGUAAACGAAGCUGUCAGGCAGAUGUAUGGUCGUACGCAACAACAGUAUGGGAGAUAUUAACAUACUGCGAGGACUUGCCAUUUUCCGACAUGACAUCGGAGCAAGUACUCGAGAACUGCGGUAAUUGGUACAACUCAACGACCACCAGUACUACGACAACAUCUAGCUCGUUGUCUUGUUCAUCCCAAGAUAAGAAAACACGUGUACUAUCACAGCCAGCAACAUGCUCCAGAGAUCUCUACCGCAUGAUGACCAAGUGUUGGAGUAAACACGCUGAAGAGCGCCCGAGUUUUGAGGACAUUUACGUCUUCCUUAAGCGUUUAACGCUUAAUGAAUAGGAAUAUUGUAAUAACGGAAG